AAACAUUUAGAUCGAAGACUUCCUGUGUAUCUUGAGUGACGGAUGUAUUGUCCAAUAAAAGAUUCCAUUUAAAGCUAUACUUCCCUCUAACGUUGUGUGUUCUGAUUUGUCUUCUCGGUCAACACACACAAGUCCGAUUCAAGGAAGACCCAUAUAUUUACAAGACUUGCUGCUGUCUUGUUGCCAGAUACCACGCCUUUAGAGAUCUUGUCUGGUCACAGCUGAUUUUGCAGCCAACAAAGUAUAAGGGGAAGUGGAAAGAGGAAGCCACAACAUGGCGCAGACAAUGCAGCUCGUCUUCUUUCUCUACUUGUUGGCCUCAGUUAAAGCCACUGAUGUUUUUAGGAUGGUUAACAGCUCUGUUCAACUGGAUGUACAAAAGGAAGUUCCUGAUGACAGCUAUGUCGGAUGGACAUUUAACACAAAUAAAAACAUUGUGUGGAACAGGGGAACUUUAACCAAAAAUUAUAAAGACAGAGCAGAGUUCAAUGAAAAAACUUUCAGACUGACACUGAAGAACUUACAGAAGAGUGAUAGUGGACUCUAUGCCGCAGAUGCAGAAAAUGAGGAUUCAACCACAAAGGUUGCAAAGUACCAAUUAUGUGUGUUGGAUCCAGUGGAGAAACCAGUCCUUAAUGUCUCUCACCAGCAAAGUAACGUCACCUGUAAUGUAACUUUCAUCUGUAAAACUCAGUAUUUCUCAGUUACCUCUAAUUGCUACAGUGAUCAGUGUAAUAACAAAACAGAGAAAGAAUCUGGAAACUUCUUGCUUUUAUUGAAUAUCAGAAAUGACUUAAUCGUUUGUAAUCAUAGCAACCCAGUCAGCUGGGAAAAUGCCACUAUGGAGAUGAAACAUGUGAAACAACUCUGCCUUUCUAAAGAAGACAAAGAACCACCCGCUGGGCCUCCAUUAAAUAAUACUGUAAUCCUGUUAAUCUCUGUAGUCACACUUACUGUAGGUCUUGGUGUCAUUAGUAUCAUCAUCUAUUUUCUUUACAAGAAAUACAAUAGGACAACAGAAUCUGACACCAGAGUCUAUGAAGAAGUUAAGGAGGGAAAUGAAUUACAGACAAUUGAGGAGUCAGAGAAGCUUGAAACUGCUGGUAUUGUUUACAGAACUGCAAAUCCUGGCAACAAGAAUCAAGGAGCAGAAAAUAUUUACAAGUCAUUGGAAUUCACAACACCUCAAGACAUUUAUUACACAGUGAAUAAGAAUGAUAAAAUAUUGUAAGAAACUCAGUUGGAUGCCUUUUGUGAGAAAUGGAAGCAAAAUAAUGUGUUAUUUUCAUUUGCAUUUUGAAAAUUGUUUUACUCAUCUGUAAUCAAAUCAAGACUUGUUCCAUUAGAUCUUAUUGGCAUGAAAAUAUCUUGUCUCUCAAAGUUUAACAAAGAAAAAAUAAUCAUUGCUAGGAGUUCAGGAAGAAACCAUCAUUUCCAGAAUGACAACUGCAAUGUCAAUGUUAAUGAUUUCUGCUCUUAUCAGAGUAACACUCACAUUGUAAAUUAAUAUCUUCUAUUUUGUUGUCUGUCUCACACUACCCAUGUAUCCCAGGCAAGUAAAUCUAAAUAAUUAACUUCAAUGAAAGUGAUCUUCACUAUUUUGUUGCAUGUAAUUGGUCUGUUUUAAUCUGAGUAUUUAGCAGCAUGCUUUAUUGGCAGUGAGCAUGUCAAUUGCAUGCUCCCUCAAAACUUGUGACAUCUGUGGCAUUGUGCUGUGUGAUAAAACUGCACAUUUUAGAGUGGUCUUUUAUUGUGGCCAGCCUUAGGGACACCUGUGCAAUAAUCAUGCUGUCUAAUCAGCAUCUUGAUAUGUUACACCAGUGAUGUGGAUGGAUUAUCUUGGCAAAGGAGAAGUGCUCACUAACACAGAUUUAGACAGAUUUGUGGACAAUAUUUGAGAGAAAUAGGCCUUUUGUUUAAAUAGAAAAAGUCUUAGACCUUGAUUGAGUUCAGCUCAUGUAAAAUGGGGGCAAAAAACAAAAGUGUUGCGUUUAAAAUCUUGUUCACAUAAUAUUUGUCACAAGCUAUUUAAAUUAUGUUCAUAAUUAACAAGAACUGUGUGCCACUAGAUGGCAGAAUAGUUGCAGUUUAAUCACUAUAAACAACAGGGUUUCUCAUUCAAUUUCAAAGGGGAAAUAAAUACAUUUUAAAAAUGUGUUGAAAUCAUUCCAGGAAGCAUGUUUAGCAAAACACAAAGGUCACUGUUGCCAAACUGGGAGCCAAAAUAAUGCCUUAUAUGUUAUAAAAGACAUAAUGCCUUAUAUGUCUUUUUGGCUUUUAUGUAUUUAAUAUCUAAUUUUAUACAAUUCAGCAUUUGAGCAUUAGGGGCCUUGCUCAGGGGCCUAUGAAUGACAAUUUGUUGGUGCUAGGAUUUGAAUUUACAACCUUUGAAAGUCCAAAACCUUAACUACUGCAUUUACACUUACAUACAUGUGAUAUUUUUAAGUAUAAUACAAAUAAAUUGUACUCUUAGAAUCAAUGUAUAUCUUGUACUUCUACAUCUUACGAGUUAAUUUGCAUUUAUGCUCCAAAUGUUUCUGAAACAACAAAUGUAUUAAUUAGACACAGCAGUCAUAAGUCAAAUGGUAAUAAAGUCAACUCUCCUCUCCGAUUGAUUGCUGGAAGUGGGGCUGUCAAUCUAGAACUAGUGAACCAAUGAUUUAAAUAAAAUAAUUGUAAAACCUGGAACUGCAUGCACAGAACAUUCAAACAAACAUACACAAUAACAAUAUUUGAAACAAAUGAAACAAAAAAUUAAA